GAUAGAAACUGAAUAAGAACGUUUGAUACUCAUGAUUAUCAUUUAUGCGUAUUGUAAUUUAUAUCUGGAUAUCUUGGACUGUAUAAAUUCAAUAGGCAAUUAGCGUUAUCGUAAUCGGCGAUUGUGUAUUUGGUCGUAAUCCGUGUUUUCACUGAAUGACCUAAUUGCGUUCCUUAUAGACGCUGUUUCAUAAACAAAAAGGUAACAUAAAUGAUAAACAUAGAUUUUGACUGAUUACUGAUUCUGCUAUAAAUAAAUGAAUAUGGCUAUUGCAAUAUUGCCUAUUAAUAAGCACCCAUCGAGUUAAAUAUAGUAUAUACUACACUGGAGCGCGCACUAGUCGUCAAAAAACGAGCCGGCUCGUUGAUUCACUUCCCCCACCAUUGCAUGGCAAAAGGACUGGAUGGCACAAGGCAGUGCGUUACGCCGUUGCACAAUUUCGAUUAUUUCAUGGCGUCGAAUUCUGUUUACUGGUUAGAUUCUUGCUUUAUUGUAAAUUCAAUCAAACUUAUUUUAUCAUGGUAAUUUCGUGUUCUUCAUAUGGGUGUACAAACCGGCGGAAAAAAGGAUGUGGUAUACAAUUUCACUGCUUUCCUCUAAAGAGGCGAUCCUUUUUGGCAAAGUGGAUACAUGAAAUGAAACGCAAAAACUUCAAACCUUCUGAGUAUAGCUAUUUAUGCAGCAAACACUUCACAAAUGAAGACUAUCAAAUCCGUCCAGGAGCAACUGUGAAAUGGUUAAAAGAUGAGGCUGUUCCAUCUGUAUUUAAAGAGUUUCCUCAACAUUUACAGAAGAAAAAAGUUGUUUGCCGGUUGUUACAAAGAAACCCAUUGACUUCCCCAUCAUUCAACCAUUCGAAGCUGGAUGAGCACUAUGGAAUGUGAGUCUGGGUUUUUGGAAGAAGUCUUCAAAUUUUUAAAACUUGAAGUAACUCAAAAGACUUGGUUACAAGACUGUUUGUUGGUUUUUGAUUCUAUGUCGAUCAGAAAACAAUUAAUUUGGGAACCUGAUAAAAGCAAAUAGAUUUGAUAGAAGUGAUAUUGAUUUCAUGUGUCAAUAUCAAACAAUUAUGGGGCCAAUUUCAAUAAGCUUGGAUUUACUCCAAGGUGAUACUAACAUGUCUUUGGUCAUCUCCUACUUACAAUUGAAGGAUUAAUUUAUGAAUAUGAAUUAAUGACAAGUGAUCAAACAGUUUCUAAUUAUAUGAAACUUCUGGUGACUGCCAUACUUCUUGGUUUGAAAACAAGGUUUGCUGAUUAUUUGAUGGACAAAUUUUUAAUUACUGCUGCAGUCUGCCACCCACUAUUUAAAAAAUCAUGGAUUAAAAAUGAUAAAAAAAAAUAAUUGGCCCCAGAAUAUAAAGUGCUUGUUAUGACUUACAUACCAGUGAUAAUGACAAUAGUGAUGUAGAAGAUAACCAAAUGAAAGAUAAUUUAUCUUCCUUUUUUACCUGGUUACAAAAUUCCUGAGAUUAAAAAUCAACAGUUACUGAUGAAAUAGAUAGAUAUUUGAGCUUAUCUCCGACAAAGACUUUAGAAUGUUUGCAUAAUUUACCCACUAUCAAAAAAGUAAGAUUAGUUGAAAACUUCUUAUACUAUUACUAGUAAUAUUACAAAAACAUUU